GCCCACUGGCCCGUGGAUUGGAAGGCCCGGAUGACCACUAUCUGCUUUGCGACGUCCACGAAAGUCGAUAAUUGAAUUGUUCUACGCUUCCAGCCGAUGCAUCUUCCAUCAGAAAUUCGAGAAGGCUAUCCGAUCGAAAUGCUUCCUGUCAAGUACUGUUGUACCGCCUUUCGAUAGAGCUUGCGCGUUAUGUCGCCUGGGUGUAUGUUCCGUUCGGGCACUUCGAAACUGCUGUGGCUUCCUUUUAUCGGGUAUUUCAUGUGGAUGCGUCUUAUUUUCUAUUUCUACUCUGUUCCGGAAUUCUCAUACAUACUGCAAUGCAUCCGCUACGGUGAUCGAUCCGCAUUCAGCCAUGUUUUCCAAGUUUAAAAGCGAGGCCGAGAAUAUGCAAUGUAUCCUUCCUUCACUCCCUGCCACCAUGUUUUCUUCAGAGGCCUCGUCAUUGGUGAUACCUCUUCUCGUCGCUUUCGCCAUCGUCGCGUAUGCGAGAUAUUCGCGCACACAUAAACUCUCUGUACCCGAUGGACCAAAACCGACUUGGUUCAUCGGUAACGUCCUGCAAAUUCAGUCAAGUCAUCCUGAAGAAACGUUCACAGAGUGGGGAGCCCUCUACGGCGAUGUCGUCCAUUUCAAAGUGUUCAGCCAGUCCACAGUUGUCCUCAGCAGCAUUCAAACUGCUCAAGAAUUACUUGAGCGCAGGAGCGCUAUAUACUCUGAUCGUCCACGAUUCGUUCUACUAGCAGAGAUGAUGGGAUGGAACCAUUCAACUACACAUAUUCGAUAUGGACCGCGUUUCCGGAAACACAGACGUUUCAUUCACCAAACUUUCAACCACCGUGCCGUUAAGGAUCUUGAACCCAUACAAAAUCGGUCAGCACAAGCAUUGAUGAAGGGGCUAGCCGACAGUCCUGAGGUAUUUUUGGAUCAUAUCAGAAGCUAUGCCGCGGCUAGUAUUCUUAAAAUCGCGUAUGGUGCCGAGGUCAAAUCAAAUGAUGAUCUUACUCUCAAGCUAGCUGAGAAGGCCUUGAAGAUGACGAUACAAUCCGGCUCACCGGCUGCUACAUUAGUGGAUUACUUCCCGCUGAUGAGGUAUAUACCCACAUGGGCUCCCUUCUCGGCAUUCAAACGUGAUGCGAUAGAAGUCAAAGCCGCAGUAGAACAGAUGAUGACCAUUCCAUACGAACAGGUCAAAGAAGAAAUAAAUAUGGGAACCGCGUCGCCCUCGCUGACCUCGAGGCUGAUCAAAGACUGUCUCGUUAUGGGUACCAUUUCAGACGAAGAUGUCGAGGAUAUCAAAGGUGUGGCUGGGACGUUAUAUUCUGCGGCCGAAGAUACCACUGUUUGUGUGCUCACUUCUUUUAUCUUGGCGAUGGUUCUCUACCCGAGUACGUUCGCCAAAGCACAGGAAGAAAUGGACUUUGUUGUGGGGCGGGGCCGUCUGCCGGAUCUAUCGGAUAGGGAGUCCUUGCCAUAUCUUGAAUCUGUCAUCAAGGAAGUUUACAGAUGGAACCCUCCUGUACCCUUAGGCUUGCCCCAUCGGGUGAUGGAGGAUGAUAUUUUCAGAGAUCGUUUUAUCCCGAAGGGCAGCACUAUUCUCGCGAAUAUCUACGCAAUGAUGAGAAAUUGCUCCAGCCCUGACGUCUUCCGUCCUGAACGAUACACAGAAGAACUGGAAGACUUCGACCCUCGCGAUGUGGCGUUUGGUUUUGGUAGACGGAAAUGUCCCGGGAGGCAUUAUGCGGACGCGGGGAUUUGGAUAGCUGUUUCGAUGAUUGUUUCCUCAUUCGAUAUAACAAAAGCCAAGGACUCGGACGGAAAUACCAUAACGGUGGUCCCGGAAUUCGAAUCUUCUUUUGUGAGGCAUCCCAAGGCGUUUAAAUGCUCCAUCACUCCGAGGACGCUAUGAUCCCCAAUGCUUAUAAUUAUGGAUUUUCGGUCAGUGUUAGGUUGGU